AUGAAAUUCCUCAUUUGCUUGGCUCUCUUUGUCGCCGUGGCCCAGGCCCAUGUUGUGGCACCAGUUGCCACCUAUGCCGCUGCACCUGCCCUCACCUAUGCCGCACCUACGGUCUACUCGGCUGCUAUUCCACGUGCCUACACCGCAUACGCUGCCGCUCCUUCCGUCUACUCCGCUUCAUAUGUGCCAUCGGUCUACUCAUCCUAUGCUGCUCCAGUUGCCACAUAUGCCGCCCCCGCUCUUGUCUCUACGCUGCUAAAGAAGUAAAUCAAUCAAAAAAGCCACUACAUCACAUGCAAAUUUAGUUAAGUCAGAAUAUCAAAAUAAAUUGAGCUGAAAUGAAGAUUGACAAAAGGUCCCAUUUGAUUUGAGCUAAUUGCCAAUU